AUGGGAAAGGCGUACGAAUCCUGGAUACACAGUGCGUUCGCCUGCGACGUGUGUGGCCGGUUCUACGCGCACGCCGUGUCUCUGGGGCUGCACAAGAAAGUGCACGAGGGCUUGACGACGUGUGCGCUCUGUGGAAAGGUGCUCAACAAAGUGGCCGAUUUGAGGGCGCAUCUGCGCCAGGUUCAUCGGCUGUCAAAAGACGACGUCAAGAAAAUUGUUCCACAUCGGCCGCUGUUCUGCGAUGUCUGCGGCCGCAAGUACUUCCACGUGAGCUCCCUGGCGCUGCACAAGAAGGUUCAUGAAGGCCUGACGACGUGCGUCAUCUGUGGCAAGGUCUCCAGCAAGGUGGCCAACCUGCGCAGACACCUGGAGAACUCACACAAACUGUCCCAGGAAGAGAUACGCACGGUGCGCAGCCUUCGCCGCCACCUGCGCGACGUGCACCGGCUGCCGGCCGACGAGGUGCGCCGCAACACGGAGCUGGACGCCCCGGCCGGCCCUGCGCCGCUCUGA